CUUCUCACGAAUUUACACUAAAAAAAAAAAAGCGCCAUGGCGAAUAAAGGUGCAUAUGCCGCUAUUGAAAUCGACGAUGACGGGCUUGAAUUCCAGAGCUUUGCUUCUUCUUCUUCACCAGGAACCUCUGGAAAUAUCACACCAUCCAACAACACACCGCAGUCCAGACCAGCAGGAUUCAAUACUGGAGGAGCCUUUGAUCCUCACCGGUCAAUCCAAGAUCAAACUGUGAGCAAACCUAUUUGGUCAGUAGAAUACUAUGCCAAGUUCUUUGAUGUCGACACUACUCAGGUGAUGGAAAGAUGUAUGGCGAGUAUUAUUCCCAAAGAAAACUUUUUGGAUAUUAUGGCCGGAAAUCCUGAUUUGUAUGGCCCCUUCUGGAUUCCAACAACAGUGAUUUUUGUUCUCUUUGUAACAUCAUCGAUCGUGAACUCUAUCAAUGCUUACUUGUCCUCUACACCUUACACCUACGAUAUCCGUCAGUUGACCUUCGCAUUCGGCACGGUCUAUUCUUAUGCGUUCGCUGUCCCUGCUAUGAUUUGGGGUGCAACAAAGUAUUUUGGUUGUCAACCUGAUUUGCUCGAGAUGUUGGCUCUUUAUGGUUAUGGUCUCACAGUCUGGAUCCCAGUAGCGGUCCUCUGUAUCCUGCCCUGGAAUUUAUUCCGCUGGGCUUUGGUCCUAGCAGGUGCCGCUGCCUCUGGGACCUUUCUCGUCCGGAAUAUGUAUCCGGUCCUCUCUAGAGCAGAGGCACAGACCAGUAAGGUCAUCUUGAUCCUCGUCGUCUUCCUGCAUGGCAUCUUGGCAUUGAUCCUCAAAUACAGGUUCUUUGCCUACAAUGUUGUCGUCACCGAACCAGGGAAAUAAAAACCAUUAAUCGUAAUAAUAAUAAAAAAGAAAGAACUGAACAGAUGUCUGAAACAAGAUUUAAUCCCAACUUUCGCCGCAUUUGAUGCUUGUGAUAAAUAAAUAAAUAAAUA